AAAGUUAGAUUAGUUUUAUGCUACUCUAUGGCAAGGAAAAGCAAGUCAAAUCUCCCAGAAUUGUAUCUAGAAGAAAAUAAAGAUCAGAUAUAUGAAAAUGCCCUUGCUGAGAUCCAGUCCUUUGAGCUGCCUCUUGGAACCACCCUAAGGUCUGUAUAUGAUGACCAACCAAAUGCACAUCAGAAGUUUAUGGAAAAACUUGAUGCCUGCAUACGUAACCAUGACAGGGAGAUAGAAAAGAUGUGCAAUUUUCACCAUCAGGGCUUUGUGGAUGCUAUUACAGAACUUCUUAAAGUUAGGGCUGAUGCAGAAAAACUGAAGGUCCAAGUUACUGAUACCAACCGAAGGCUUCAGGAUGCUGGGAAAGAGGUGAUAGCCCAAACAGAGGAAAUCAUCCGAUGUAGAGUUCAACAGCGGAAUAUUACAACAGUUGUGGAAAAACUACAGUUGUGUCUUCCAGUGCUGGAAAUGUACAGCAAACUGAAAGAACAGAUGAGUGUAAAAAGAUAUUAUUCUGCUUUGAAAACAAUGGAGCAGCUGGAAAAUCUGUAUCUUCCUAGAGUUAGCCAAUACCGCUUUUGCCAGAUAAUGAUGGAAAAUCUUCCAAAGCUGCGUGAAGAAAUAAAAGAAAUAUCCAUGUCAGAUCUGAAGGAUUUCUUGGAGAGUAUUCGAAAGCAUUCUGACAGAAUUGGGGAAACUGCCAUGAAACAGGCACAGCAGCAGAAAACGUUUAGUACUGCUCUUCAGAAGCAGAAUAAUGUGAACUAUGGUCGGAAUAUGCAUUUAGGUAGAAACAGGAUUUUGGAAUCCAAGAAUGAAAUCACAUUGAAGCGAACAUUUGAAGAUGAGGAUGAACAUGAAGAAGAGGUUUUAACUGCCCAAGAUCUUGUAGACUUUUCUCCAGUCUACAGGUGUUUGCACAUCUACUCUGUUUUGGGUGAUGGAGAAAUAUUUGAAAAUUACUACAGAAAACAAAGGAGGAAACAAGCAAGAUUAGUUCUGCAACCACAGUCAAGCAUGCAUGAAACAGUAGAAGGCUAUAGAAGAUACUUCAGUCAAAUUGUGGGCUUCUUUGUAGUAGAAGACCACAUUUUACAUGUAACCCAAGGAUUGGUAACCAGGACAUACACUGAUGAACUCUGGAACAUGGCCCUUUCCAAGAUCAUUGCUGUUCUUAGAACACAUUCAUCAUAUUGCAGUGAUCCUGACCUUGUUCUGGAACUGAAGAAUCUCAUUGUAGUAUUUGCUGAUACUUUGCAGGGCUAUGGUUUUCCUGUGAACAGACUAUUUGAUCUUUUAUUUGAAAUUAGAGACCAAUACAAUGAAACACUUCUUAAAAAGUGGUCUGGAUUGUUCAGGGAUAUUUUUGAAGCAGACAACUACAGCCCUAUCCCUGUAGCAAAUGAAGAGGAGUACAGAAUUGUUAUAAGCAAAUUUCCUUUUCAAGAUCCAGAACUUGAUAAGCAAUCCUUUCCAAAGAAGCUUCCAAUGUCUCAGUCAGUGCCUCAAAUUUACAUGCAGGUGAAGGAAUUUAUUUAUGCAAGCCUUAAAUUUUCAGAGUCACUUCACCGCAGUUCAACAGAAAUAGACGAUAUGCUCAGAAAAUCUACAAAUUUGCUGCUUACCAGAACUCUAAGUAGUUGUUUACAGAACCUAAUUAAAAAGCCUCAUAUAGGUUUAACAGAGCUUGUUCAAAUCAUCAUAAACACGACACACUUGGAGCAAGCCUGUAAAUACCUUGAGGAUUUUAUAUCUAACAUUACAAAUAUUUCACAAUUGACUGUUCACACUGCAAGACUUUAUGGACUUUCUACAUUUAAGGAUGCAAGGCAUGCUGCAGAAGGAGAAAUAUAUACAAAACUUAACCAAAAAAUAGAUGAAUUUAUUCAGAUUGCUGAUUAUGAUUGGACAAUGUCUGAGUCAGAUGGAAGAGCCAGUGGAUACUUAAUGGACCUAAUCAACUUUUUAAGAAGCACGUUUCAAGUUUUUACUCAUUUACCUCUUGUCCUUGGUUGUUACAGUCACACUGAUGUCUGAGUGCUUUGCCCACCUGCAGUGCUUAUAAAGAGUAAGUCCUCAAUGCACAGAAUUUUGAGGCUUCAGACUCAAAGAAAAAAAAUUUCUUUAUGAUGUUGAAUUUGCUGGCAUAGCAGGCUGAUCUUGUCUUCCAGAUACUACACAGAGGCUGUGAUUCUUCUGUCUCCUGUUCUUUUAACUGACUCAAAGACAAAGGCCACUCCAACUGUAUCAUGUGAUACUGAUGUGAAUGUGUCAUGUGAGGCAUGUGCUUCUGUGCCAACUCAGUGGAGCGUUUUUUGAUAAAGAAUAGCAAGUUUGUUAGAUAGUGUAAUUCAUUGUAACUUGGUGUACAAAGCAGUGUGAACAAAUGGCACUGCUCCUCAGUGGCCAUAUGCAUAUGGCAGUUAAGGGAUGUGAAAUUUGUAGAGCAGGAUGUACAGAAGUCUGUCAGCAAUGUAUGUUGCUAAAUGGCUGUUCAGAAAUGAGCCACAGACAAAACGAAGUAAUGUGUAAAGAGGAAUGCAAAGAAGCAGCUGUGGCAUUAGGACUUAAGAAGUGUGGAAAGUAUAGAAUUAUGUGCCUGGGGGUACAAGUCAGCCUUUGGAGAAAGCUAGUUUCUGUAGAAAGGUUAUUCUGUAAUUUCAGACUCUGCUCAGGUAACAGGCAGGGUGUAGAGCUGUAUGGACAAGUAGUCUGCUGUGGCAAGAGGUUUCUUGUAAUUUUUUACUUAUCCUGCAUCUUGUUCUCUGUCCUAUCUUGGCCAAUUGUAGAAACAUACAGUCCUGUGAAUGUUGUGUGUGAGCUGUGGAGUUUACAUGAAAAUGUGUGCACACUAUGGGGGUUCUAGUUAGAUUUGUACUAGUAGGUUAUUUUCAUUAAGAGAAAUUUAUGGUAAAAGUAUUUUCCAAGAUUAGCCCAGAACCGGGUUCUAUAACUUGUUAAAAUAAUAAGUGCUUUGGAGUGAUAAACUGAGCUAGAUUUUUUACAUGCUGUAAUUAAGGUUUGGAAUAGUUUAGAAUUAAUUUUCAUUAGUGAAUUAUCCCAAUAAUGUCACAGUGUCAUUUCCAUUUUUGUAUAGCUGGCAGAAACAUUCCACUGCUCAAAAUAGUUGGUCAGAACCUUUUCUGUAAUUAGCAGUCAAAGAACAAAUUCCUAGCACACUGCAAUAAUUCUAGUAAAGAAAAGAGAGGAACAAGUAGAGAGGUAUCUUCACUUCUACCCUUAAAUACCCAAUUCUGUUAGAGGGCAUUGGGCUAGGGACCCUAGCUGGCCACAGUGGUUCUUUGUUGUCACACCCCAGGGUCACUGACUUUCUCUUUGGUAUUGUUUGAAACACUAGUCUGCCUGUAGAAGUGUUAUAAUAUGUUCUUUAACUUUUUUUUUUUGUUGCAGUCACUGGGUUCCUCUCAUUAGAAUCUUGUUUUAUUUCCGCUGUAUGUAUAAGCUGUGUAAAUGCACAGGGAUGUGUCUCCCUUUGUGCUUCUGUGUGGGGCUGUACUGAAGUAUUUCUGUACUGCUGUAGCAAAACUUUUCAAAAAUGCAUCUUAUGUUGUAUAUCUUAUGUUUCUGCAAUUUGUAUUAUUUUCAUUCGAAUAUUAGAACUCUCAAAUCAAGUGGAUUGUGAACUGUACUGAAUCUGCACACAAAGUGACAUAAGUUAGUUGGGGUCUGAUAUCUCUGUUGACUCACUGGAAAUGUCUUGUGUCUCCAAAGCUUAUUUUUCCUCUGAAGUUUUGCAUGUUAGUUUUCUCCUCUGUGUUUGUUUACUGCACUUAAGAAGCAAUAUUGGAAAAGAAAACAGCUUUCUUCAACCCUACAGUUAUAUAGUAUAAGUUUAAUGUUAAAUUUAUUAAUGGGUCGUGUUAUAUUUACAUUCUUACUAUCCUGAGCCAUUUUAAAUCUUGCUGGAAUGAAGUAUGUUAAUAACAUACAGGUAGCCUGUGUAAGCCAUAAUGGUAAACAUGGUAUUUAUUUUUUGACCUAAGACUUUUGAAGUGUAUUCUUUCUUGAAAUGAAAAGUUUUGGAAAGGCAUUUCAACAGACACUUUGAAGUUUAUUACUUGGCAUUUUGGCAUACAGUUCCUUAUUACAGAAAAACAUAUUAUUGCCAAAUUAGUAUUAUUUAAGUUAUAGUCUCUUUGUUACACUUCAACAAAAAUAAGUUCAGAGAUACUGAACAGAGAUACAUAAAAAGAUACUAUUAUGUAGCUAGAAUUGUUCUUUUGUACGCUUUUUCUUAUCUUCUAUUGCUACC